UGCCCUGCCUGCUGUAAAGAGAAUCCUCCCUUGUUUCUGGAGCAAGAGGCGGGCUCUUUGGAAAAAGCAGGAAUGCGCUGAGAGUUUUCUUUGCAAGCUGUCCUCCUCCUGCCUGCACGUUAAAAAUCGCCCGUCCUGACAUGGAGCUGUGGCCACUGGCUCUCCUGCUCGUCCAGUUCUGUCUCUGCUCCGGAUAUGAAGGGUCAGGGCACUAUGGUUACGGAGACGACGAGGACUGGUAUUCUCGUAGAUAUAAAGGAACCCCGUGGUGCGCGCCCAUUAAGCUGAAGCACGGUGAUGCGAGCUGCCGCACGCCCAGAGGGGAGCACUACAGGAACGUGAUGGGGACGCGGUGUAAAAUCCGCUGCAAAAGGGGUUACGAAUCCCAGAACACGGAGGUGGUGUGCAUGGCCAGCAAGCACUGGUCCUCCAACUACGCUUGUCGGGGUGAGAGCCAACAUCUGCACACACACUUUUAUCAUUUUUUUUUUUUUUUUAAAUGAAGUCGAUGAAGUCAU